AUGUUGAAACGACGAUCCGCUUGUGAGCGUUGCAGAGGCCAGAAGCUCAAAUGCAUUCGCGAGCCUGGAAGUACAACCGACUCAUGUCUGAGAUGCUCUCAAUCUCAGGAAGAAUGCAUCGUCAACUUGAGAAAGACACCAGGUCGACCCUCUGGACGGGGCAACUCUUCUAACAGACGAAGUCCAACCAACACCAUGACCCAAACACCUACGCCCGCGCCAACCUUGAUACUUGACGAUAGCGACUCCAUCUCAGCAACACGGAAUGGCUCGCUUACAUCGUCUUCUGAAGACAAUAUAGAAAGUCUUUUCGACAUGAACAUCGAUUGGGGCAACAUUGACAUGUUCGGCAACGGAAAUGAUCAAGUCCCCGAGAUCCCCAGUUCCCUCCUAAGUUAUGCAGAAUCGACCAGGGUUGAGCCUCCACCUCCGUGCACUGCCUGGUCGGACCCCAGAGACUUUGCCGCGCCAACCGGUCUAUUCCCCUGUCAGAUCCGCAAUGAAAUCCGCGACCCAGGUCUUCAGUUGGCUGGACUUCAACAUAAUCUUUCGAAGCAUCUGGUCCAGCUGCAGUCUUCAUCGUGGGACAUCACAUCUGUCUUGAAGCUGGAAAGCGUGUCUUAUAGUUUCCAAAGUCCCGAGUCACUAUGCGAGGCCAGUCGGAUAUUCAACCCACUGAUCGGCACUUUUGAGAUUAUUGCGGAAUUUGAACAUGUUCUCGCGACAUUGCGGAUGAACAUGGAUCGCAGAGAGCGAGUUGAAGUUUCGGCCCUUCCAAAAGAGAUCAACAUUUCUUACAUGUUGACUGCCAUCUCUUGUUAUCUACAGCUUGUCUGUAUAUACCACAACAUUUUCUCAUACGUGCUGGAUCAAGCAUCAAGUAAUCCAGCCGUGAGGAAUUUCAUACUGGACUCGACACCGGGGAUCUCUCUGAGCGGGUUUGUGAUUCCGACACCAAAAAAUAUUCUGGGUCGGUCGUUUGCACAGUUGAUGCAACACAAGAUCAGACCUAUUGAGACGGCUUUAGAACUCCCAGACGACUGCCGUAUCUCGAAAGAGACAAGUGUGGAUCAACCCAGUGAUAAAUCUCUAUUGCUUGGAUGUACAGAAGGGCAAGCCUUGUUGGAAAUGCUAAAGGGCCAGAAAGUCGAAGGGAAAAGUCCUUCAAGUGCAAUGGGUCUUUUAGAGUCGUUACGAGCCAAGAUUACAGACAUAGAGACCUUAGGAGGAUAG